GCGCACCACUCUGCAGCCGCCCCGCGCCAUGAGGCCGCGGACCAAAGCCCGCAGCCCGGGGCGCGCCCUGCGGAACCCCUGGAGAGGCUUCCUGCCGCUCACCCUGGCUCUGUUCGUGGGCGCGGGUCAUGCCCAAAGGGACCCCGUAGGGAGAAACGAGCCGUCUGGCGGAGACGCGAAUCGACUCCGGCGCCCUGGGGGCAGCUACCCGGCAGCGGCUGCAGCCAAGGUGUACAGUCUAUUCCGGGAGCAGGACGCGCCUGUCGCGGGCUUGCAGCCCGUGGAGCGGGCCCAGCCGGGCUGGGGGAGCCCCAGGAGGCCCACCGAGGCGGAGGCCAGGAGGCCGUCCCGCGCGCAGCAGUCGCGGCGUGUCCAGCCACCUGCGCAGACCCGGAGAAGCACUCCCCUGGGCCAGCAGCAACCAGCACCCCGGGCCCGGGCCGCGCCGGCUCUCCCACGCCUGGAGACCCCACAGCGGUCUGGGGCUGCGCCCCCAACCCCGCCACGAGGGCGGCUCACGGGGAGGAACGUCUGCGGGGGACAGUGCUGCCCAGGAUGGACAACAGCAAACAGUACCAACCACUGUAUCAAACCCGUUUGCCAGCCGCCGUGCCAGAACCGGGGCUCCUGCAGCCGCCCUCAGCUCUGUGUCUGCCGCUCUGGUUUCCGUGGAGCCCGCUGUGAGGAGGUCAUUCCUGACGAGGAAUUUGACCCCCAGAACUCCAGGCUGGCACCUCGACGCUGGGCCGAGCGUUCACCCAACCUGCGCAGGAGCAGUGCAGCUGGAGAGGGCACCUUGGCCAGAGCACAGCUGCCAGCACCACAGUCGCCGCCCGCACCACAGUUGCCGCCGGCACCACAGUCGCCACCAGACGAGACCCUGAGUGGCCUCAGCCAGACCCACCCUUCCCAGCAGCAUGUGGGGUUGUCCCGCACCGUCCGACUUCACCCGACUGCCACGGCCAGUAGCCAGCUUUCUUCCAACGCCCUGCCCCCGGGACCAGGCCUUGAGCAGAGAGAUGGCACCCAACAAGCGGUACCUCUGGAGCACCCCUCAUCCCCCUGGGGGCUGAACCUCACGGAGAAAAUCAAGAAGAUCAAGAUCAUCUUCACUCCCACCAUCUGCAAGCAGACCUGUGCCCGUGGACACUGUGCCAACAACUGUGAGAGGGGCGACACCACCACCCUGUACAGCCAGGGCGGCCAUGGGCACGACCCCAAGUCUGGCUUCCGCAUCUAUUUCUGCCAGAUCCCCUGCCUGAACGGAGGCCGCUGCAUCGGCAGGGACGAGUGCUGGUGCCCCGCCAACUCCACCGGGAAGUUCUGCCACCUGCCUAUCCCGCAGCCAGACAGGGAGCCUCCAGGGAGGGGGUCCCGCCCCAGGGCCCUGCUGGAAGCCCCUCUGAAGCAGUCCACUUUCACACUGCCGCUCUCCAACCAGCUGGCCUCCGUGAACCCCUCCCUGGUGAAGGUGCACAUUCACCACCCGCCCGAGGCCUCAGUGCAGAUCCACCAGGUGGCCCAGGUGCGGGGCGGAGUGGAGGAGGCCCUAGUGGAGAAUAGCGUGGAGACCAGACCCCCGCCCUGGCGGCCUGCCAGCCCUGGACACAGCCUCUGGGACAGCAACAACAUCCCUGCUCGGUCUGGAGAGCCCCCUCGGCCACUGCCCCCAGCAGCACCCAGGCCUCGAGGACUGCUGGGCCGGUGUUACCUGAACACUGUGAACGGACAGUGUGCCAACCCUCUGCUGGAGCUGACUACCCAGGAGGACUGCUGUGGCAGUGUGGGAGCCUUCUGGGGGGUGACUUUGUGUGCCCCAUGCCCACCCAGACCAGCUUCCCCGGUGAUUGAGAAUGGCCAGCUGGAGUGUCCUCAGGGGUACAAGAAACUGAACCUCACUCAUUGCCAAGAUAUCAAUGAGUGCUUGACCCUGGGCCUGUGCAAGGACGCGGAGUGUGUGAACACCAGGGGCAGCUACCUGUGCACAUGCAGACCUGGCCUCAUGCUGGAUCCAUCGCGGAGCCGCUGUGUGUCGGACAAGGCAAUCUCCAUGCUGCAGGGACUGUGCUACCGGUCGCUGGGGCCUGGCACCUGCACCCUGCCUUUGGCCCAGCAGAUCACCAAGCAGAUAUGCUGCUGCAGCCGCGUGGGCAAAGCAUGGGGCAGCGAGUGUGAGAAAUGCCCUCUGCCUGGCACAGAGGCCUUCAGAGAGAUCUGCCCUGCCGGCCACGGCUACACCUAUGUGAGCUCUGACAUCCGCCUGUCCAUGAGGAAAGCCGAGGAGGAGGAACUGGCAAGGCCCCCAAGGGAGCAAGGGCAGAGGAGCAGCGGGGCACUGCCCAGGCCAGCAGAGAGGCAGCCACUCCGGGUUGUCACGGACACCUGGCUCAAGGCUGGGACCAUCUCUGACAAGGGUGACUCUCAGGCUGGCCAGGUCACAACCAGUGUCACCCAUGCACCUGCCUGGGUCACAGGGAAUGCCACAACCCCACCAAUGCCUGAACAGGGGAUUCCAGAGAUACAGGAAGAACAAGUGACCCCCUCCACCAAUGUGCUGGUGACCCUGAGCACCCCAGGCAUUGACAGAUGUGCUGCUGGAGCCACCAACGUCUGUGGCCCUGGAACCUGCGUGAACCUCCCAGAUGGAUACAGAUGUGUCUGCAGCCCCGGCUAUCAGCUGCACCCCAGCCAGGCCUACUGCACAGAUGACAACGAGUGUCUGAGGGACCCCUGCAAGGGAAAAGGGCGCUGCAUCAACCGCGUGGGGUCCUACUCCUGCUUCUGCUACCCUGGCUACACGCUGGCCACCUCGGGGGCGACACAGGAGUGUCAAGAUAUCAAUGAGUGUGAGCAGCCAGGGGUGUGCAGCGGGGGGCAGUGCACCAACACCGAGGGCUCAUACCACUGCGAGUGUGAUCAGGGCUACAUCAUGGUCAGGAAAGGACACUGCCAAGAUAUCAACGAAUGCCGUCACCCCGGUACCUGCCCUGAUGGGAGAUGCGUCAAUUCCCCCGGCUCCUACACUUGUCUGGCCUGUGAGGAGGGCUACCGGGGCCAGAGUGGGAGCUGUGUAGACGUGAAUGAGUGUCUGACCCCCGGGGUCUGUGCCCAUGGAAAGUGCACCAACCUAGAAGGCUCCUUCAGAUGCUCUUGUGAGCAGGGCUAUGAGGUCACCUCAGAUGAGAAGGGCUGCCAAGAUGUGGAUGAGUGUGCCAGCCGGUCCUCAUGCCCCACAGGCCUCUGCCUCAACACGGAGGGCUCCUUUGCCUGCUCUGCCUGUGAGAGCGGGUACUGGGUGAAUGAAGACGGCACUGCCUGUGAAGACCUAGAUGAGUGUGCCUUCCCGGGAGUCUGCCCCUCGGGAGUCUGCACCAACACGGCUGGCUCCUUCUCCUGCAAGGACUGCGAUGGGGGCUACCGGCCCAGCCCCCUGGGUGACUCCUGUGAAGAUGUGGAUGAAUGUGAAGACCCCCAGAGCAGCUGCCUGGGAGGCGAGUGCAAGAACACAGUGGGCUCCUACCAGUGCCUCUGUCCCCAGGGCUUCCAGCUGGCCAAUGGCACUGUGUGUGAGGAUGUGAAUGAGUGCAUGGGGGAGGAGCACUGCGCACCCCACGGCGAGUGCCUCAACAGCCACGGGUCUUUCUUCUGUCUGUGCGCACCUGGCUUCGUCAGCACAGAGGGGGGCACCAGCUGCCAGGAUGUGGACGAGUGUGCCACCACAGACCCGUGUCUGGGAGGGCACUGUGUCAACACCGAGGGCUCCUUCAACUGUCUGUGUGAGACUGGCUUCCAGCCCUCCCCAGAGAGUGGAGAGUGUGUGGAUAUCGACGAGUGUGAGGACUACGGAGACCCGGUGUGUGGCACCUGGAAGUGUGAAAACAGCCCUGGCUCCUACCACUGUGUUCUGGGCUGCCAGCCUGGCUUCCACAUGGCCCCGAACGGAGACUGCAUUGACAUAGACGAGUGCACCAACGACACCAUGUGUGGCAGCCACGGCUUCUGUGACAACACUGAUGGCUCCUUCCGCUGCCUCUGUGACCAGGGCUUUGAGAUCUCUCCCUCAGGCUGGGACUGUGUGGAUGUGAAUGAGUGUGAGCUUAUGCUGGCGGUGUGUGGGGCCGCACUCUGUGAGAACGUGGAGGGCUCCUUCCUGUGCCUCUGCGCCAGUGACCUGGAGGAGUACGAUGCCCAGGAGGGGCACUGCCGCCCGCGGGGGGCUGGAGGUCAGAGUAUCUCUGAGGCCCCAACGGGGGACCAUGCCCCGGCCCCCACCCGCAUGGACUGCUACUCUGGGCAGAAUGGCCACGCGCCCUGCUCCAGUGUCCUGGGCUGGAACACCACACAGGCCGAAUGCUGCUGCACCCAGGGCGCUAGCUGGGGAGAUGCCUGUGACCUCUGCCCGUCUGAGGACUCAGCUGAAUUCAGCGAGAUCUGCCCUAGUGGAAAAGGCUACAUUCCUGUGGAAGGAGCCUGGACGUUUGGACAGACCAUGUACACAGAUGCGGAUGAGUGUGUGAUAUUUGGGCCUGGUCUCUGCCCGAACGGCCGGUGCCUCAACACCAUGCCUGGCUAUGUCUGCCUGUGCAAUCCUGGCUUCCACUAUGAUGCUUCCCACAAGAAGUGUGAGGAUCACGAUGAGUGCCAGGACCUGGCCUGUGAGAAUGGCGAGUGCGUCAACACGGAGGGCUCCUUCCACUGCUUCUGCAGCCCCCCGCUCACCCUGGACUUCAGCCAGCAGCGCUGCAUGAACAGCACCAGCAGCAUGGAGGACCUCCCUGACCACGACAUCCACAUGGACGUCUGCUGGAAAAAAGUCACCAAUGAUGUAUGCAGCGAACCCCUGCGUGGUCACCGCACCACCUACACGGAAUGCUGCUGCCAGGACGGCGAGGCCUGGAGCCAGCAGUGUGCUCUGUGUCCCCCCAGGAGCUCUGAGGUCUAUGCUCAGCUGUGCAAUGUGGCUCGCAUCGAGGCAGAGCGGGAGGCCGGGGUCCACUUCCGGCCAGGCUAUGAGUAUGGCCCCGGACCCGAUGACUUGCACUACAGCAUCUAUGGCCCAGAUGGGGCCCCCUUCUACAACUACCUGGGCCCCGAGGACACCGUCCCUGAGCCUGCCUUCCCCAACACAGCCGGCCACCCAGGGGACCGCACACCCAUCCUUGAGUCUCCUUUGCAGCCCUCAGAACUCCAGCCCCACUACGUGGCCAGCUAUCCAGAGUCCCCAGCAGGCUUCGAAGGGCUUCAGGCGGAGGAGUGUGGCAUCCUGAACGGCUGUGAGAACGGCCGCUGUGUGCGUGUGCGGGAGGGCUACACCUGCGACUGUUUUGAGGGCUUCCAGCUGGAUGCGGCCCACAUGGCCUGUGUAGAUGUGAAUGAGUGUGAUGACUUGAAUGGGCCUGCUGUGCUCUGUGUCCACGGUUACUGCGAGAACACAGAGGGCUCCUACCGCUGCCACUGCUCCCCAGGAUAUGUGGCCGAGGCAGGCCCCCCCCACUGCACUGCCAAGGAGUAGCAGUCAGGGGUCAGUGUGGCAACUACCUGGAAAUGGCCUCCAGUCACAGGCAGGGGCCUUGAGGAUGAUUUCCUAGCUGGGAAAACACCGCGAUAUCAGGCCAGAGGUUCCCAAUCAGCCUUGCCUGCUUUCAUCUCUCCCAGCUUAGCCUCUGGCUGUAAGCUUCGGUCACUGCCUCCGUGCCCUUGCUUGACUCAAGCACCACCAAUCGCUUUAAUGCUUCAGCCACCACAUGAGGCCCUGUCCACCACCUUUCCUGGCCUUGCUAUGGGAUGCUUACCAAAGGAUGGCCCUCAUCCACCCUCCCAAGCUGUGCAAACAUGCAAGGCUCCGUGGCCUCACACUGCAGACACCCCUUUCCAGCCAUAAUCCACCAUCAUCCUGAUGAUCCCACAACUGGGACAGAGGCUACAUCUGCCCUAGGGAAGUCCUUCAGAAUCUGUGGAGCAAGAAAGGAUUUGGGGAAGCUUGGGGACUGACUCCAGCGCCCCCUCCUAAGAACCAUCACCACCACUCAGCCAAUCUGUUCUGGCCCUGAUUUUGCCACACCUCCAUCCUGUAGCCCAUUCUCUGACCCCAAGGAGUGGCAGAAGAUCCCUUCACUCAGAGAAGCAAGACUGAUAUUAGCUUGUCGAGUGUAAGAGACACAAAUGAAGAAAAACAAAGAGCCUGGGAAAGCAGCAAGAGGACAUGAUGAAAAAUAUGUGGAGUUGAUGAGAAAGGGGAGCCAAGGCUUUAUAUGUCUAAAGAAAAUAUUCAGUAGCUGUAAACAUUCCAAAUCCACCCAGCGAUAGCCCGUGGGCACCAGCAGCAACGGCUGCCACGGGAUAGAGUACCCCUCUACAAAGACCUCUAUUACAUAAACACUGUUUCUUACAGGAAACAAACCUCUUCUGGGCUCUCCUUUUGUGAAAACCAGUUUGAUGUGCUAAAAGUAAAAAGUUUUAUUUUCCAGUGUGGUCUUGUUCAGAAGAAGCCAGAUUUCCAGUGUUGUUUUUCCCCUCUACUCUGAAGCCCCUGCCCUUUCCCUUCAGAAAACGAUGGCAGGCAUUCUUCUGAGUUUACAAGCAGAGACUCACUCCAACCCAAACUAGCUGGGAGUUCAGAACCAUGGUGGAAUAAAGAAAUGUACAUCUGGUC